AUGCAAUUCUUCAAAUUAUACCUCUUGGCCAUUGGGAUUAUUUGCCUCUCUUCGUGUUAUCAUUCGCGUAAGAUUAAUCGCCUUCAGGCUCGAGCCAUUCCCGACUUAGUCAAGGAUGCUAGUGCUACCACCCACGCUCCCGAAACUAUGAGCGCUGCUAAUAGAGCAAGAGAAAAUCUCGACCAAGCACAGAGCAUAGGGCAUUCUGGCAGUUUAUGUAGCAACUCGCCCAUCUCUGGGGACCCUGGAUUCCAUGGGGGGACUACCAAUCCAGAAGGUUCAUCAAUCCCGCAUAGUGAAGUCCCUAAUGCACAAUCUCGAAGCGGGGCGGAUUUCUCAGGCUCUGGCGGACACGUAAAUCCUGAAGGCCCUAAUCCUGCGGUAGUAGCUUCCCCCGACAAAGAGAAAGGACUACUUUCAAGAAUCUGGUCAAAGAUAGUUGGAAUUCCUGGGAGCUUGAAAGCCGCAUUACAACGCCUUGUGAGUGGAUGGAAAGUCACCAAGUACCUUGUUAGGGCCAUUACCAGGAAACCUCAUGAUGGCGCAGAAAUAGUCAGAUAUGAGACUUCAAGGGAUACAAUUGGAAAGUAUCUCGCUUUGAACGCACGUGAUCUCGAAGUAGAACCUGGUAAAGCUCUUGAUUUGAAGACCUUGGCCAAGACUCUUGAGGAGAAAUUCCCGUUAUUCUCAGGUGAAAAGGACAUGCUCAAAGAAGUAUUGGAUUACGAGGAAUACCUGAAAAACGUCAAAGAAUACCAGCUCAUGGUUGAUGGAAAGGAUUUCUCUUGGAUUGGGCCCAAGAAGAGCUGGCUAUCAGAGCUACCCGAAGAAAAGCUUGUUGCUAACUAUAAAAAAUCUCUUCCUGAGAUCAGAGAAUCUUUUGAAAAGCUACAAGGAAAGAAACUUACGGGCCAGUUCCAAGAAGAAUAUGACAAGGCAGUUGAUACCAUUUCUACAUCCAUGCCAAAAUCAUAUUCCGGUAUUGUGAAAGGGCAUGUCGCAGAACAUUUCGCGGAUCUUUUCAAAGAAGGAGGAUCCAAAGAGAGAAUUGACCUGGAGAAACUUGCUAGUGCUCGGGAGUUUCAAUUGAAGAACAAGUACUUAACAAAACCAGAAUAUUUGGAUCUAGAGAAUGUCUUUCAACACCUGCCUCCAAAGUUGGACAUGGAUGCCGUGGUAUUUCGUUAUGCCAUGGUAGAAGGGUUUGACCUUUUGUUGGAAAAAAUUCGUCCAGCAUUAAAGCAAGUUCUUCAAAAUAAAGCUCAAGCUGAAAUAUCUGAGGUUGUCACAAAGGGAUUAACUCCAAGUACUAAAGAAGAAUCACUUUUGUCCAUUGCUUCCCAAGAUAAGGAAUGGCGUGAAACUGCUUAUAUGAAAUUCUAUGCAACUACUACAGGACCAACUGAAGCGUUCAAAAGGCUGAAAGAGUCACCAACCAGAAAUGAAAUAAUCCGUCACGCCGUCAAUAAAAAUCUGGGUUCACUCAAAUUUCUUGAACCAGUUGAAGUGAAUAAGCUUCGCCAGGCUCCUGAUCUCCAAACGUUCAAGGCAACGCUCAAAUCACAUGCACAAAAAACUCCUAAAGAGCAUUCGGCAGAUUUAAAAACCUUAGAGAAUAUGAGUGAUGAAGCUGGAAAAUCUUAUCAGGUCAAUCUACCACUUCUCCAUGAGCUGAAGAGGAGAGGAACUAUUGGUGAUGAAUUGAUGCAAGCAGCUAAAGGAAAUAAAAAAGAUUUUUUCAAGAUGUUGGGUGAAGAAAAAGAAUUCACAGCACAUGUGAUUAAGCAAUUUGAAACUGAUCUGAACAGCCAUAUUGAAGGUUUAUCACCAGGAGCAGCACAGGACAUGUCUGAAGAGGCUGCAAAUCGGGUUGCGGAGUCACAAGUAAAACAAAUUGAUCAAGAGGCAAAGUCCAAUUAUCUAACAACAGAUGCAUUUCAAAAGCCAAACUCGUUUCAAUUUGACAAAGCUCUGAAGGAAUACGAUCCAAAACUCAAUAAAUUCAAUCCCAAACCUACAGACAAGCACACUUUGGCACAAUCUUACAUAGACACUAUAAUUAACAGGCAGCCUUUGGGUUCUACUCGCAUUGUUUCUAAAGCAGAUAUUGCAAGAAAUUUAGCAGACAAAAUUUACAGGAGCGAAGCAAUUCUUUAUCAGAAGAUUCCGGAAAUAGGCGAAUAUUUUGAAAGUAUCAUAAAAUCCAAAGGUCAUAUUACAGCCCCAGUUCACUCUGACAAACCUCCUUCCUUACAAGAACCAAUCAGAAUAGCCAGUUCUACCAAACCCGAACCUCAGAUUGCAGCUUAG